AUGAAGGAGGCGGUCUCGCAUCAGGCUCCAAAAGUAAUUAAAAAGCUACAGUUCAGUCUCUUAAAUGCCCAGGACACCGUCAAGAUCUCGGAAUAUGAAGUUACGCACCGCGAAUUGUAUACACCCACCGAUCGUCUUCCUGUGAAAAAUGGUGUCCUCGAUCGCCGUCUUGGUACAACAGAUAAAAGUGCGUUCUGCGAAACGUGCGGCCAGUCGUCGGUGAACUGCGUAGGACACUACGCAUAUAUCAAGCUCGUCGUGCCCGUGUUCCACAUUGGCUAUUUCAAACACACGAUCGCCAUCCUCCAGGCCAUCUGCAAAACAUGCGCCCGCGUUCUCCUUGAAGAACCAGACAGACGCAGCUUCCUCAAGCGCUUCCGACGCCCCGUUCUCGAAAAUAUGCAGCGCCAGUCGCUCUCCAAGGCAGUCAACACCAUGGCGCGCAAGGUCGUGCACUGUCCGUAUUGCUCUGCGACCAACGGCGCCGUCAAAAAGGCCGGCGCGCUCAAAAUCAUUCACGAUAAAUUCCGCGCAAAGAAGACGGCGGAUGAGUUGGAGAAGUGGAAGCAAACCUUCAGUUCGGCUGUCGAGGCGCAGAAAGAACUGGGGAUGUAUAUCAAUAAAGGGGUGCAUGAGGAUUUAAACCCAUUGAAAGUACUUGAUUUGUUUAGAAGGAUAUCAGAUGAGGAUUGUGAAUUGUUGGGCAUGAAUCCGAAAUGGGGUAGACCUGAAGAGUUUAUUUGGCAAUAUAUUUCUGUGCCUCCUGUAUGCAUCCGACCAUCUGUAGCCCAAGAUGGGGCUUCCAACGAAGACGAUCUAACGGUAAAACUAACCGAAAUCGUGUUCACAAACGUGCUCAUAAAACAAGGCCUCGCAAAAGGCGCUCCGACCCCGCAAUUCAUGGAACAAUGGGAUUUCCUCCAACUUUCUGUCGCCAUGUAUAUUAACUCUGAAUUGCCGGGUGUACCCCCCCAAGUCGGCCAAAAGCCCAUCCGCGGCUUCGUUCAGCGCCUCAAGGGUAAACAAGGUCGCUUUCGUGGAAACCUUUCUGGCAAGCGUGUCGAUUUCUCAGGGCGGACUGUCAUUUCUCCGGACCCCAAUCUGCGGAUCGAUGAGGUUGCAGUUCCCGAGCGCGUCGCGAAGAUCCUGACAUACCCUGAACGCGUGACGGCACACAAUAUCCACCUUCUGCGUCAGGCUGUGCGGAACGGUACAGAUGUGCACCCCGGCGCGAAUUAUGUGGCUAGAGGAGACAAUAAGAAAUAUUUGAAGUUUGGGAAUCGCGCGGCUAUUGCUGAUGGACUGGCGAUUGGUGAUAUUGUCGAGAGGCAUAUUGUGGACGGUGAUAUUAUUUUGUUCAAUCGGCAACCGUCUUUGCAUAAAUUGUCUAUUAUGUGUCAUCAAGCUAAAAUCCGACCAUGGCGUACUUUUCGACUCAACGAAUGUGUCUGCGGACCAUACAAUGCAGAUUUUGAUGGAGACGAAAUGAAUUUGCACGUGCCCCAGACAGAGGAAGCCAGGACAGAAGCUCUCGAACUCAUGAAUAUCAAACACAACCUCGUCACUCCACGUAACGGCGAGCCCGUCAUCGCCGCCAUCCAGGAUUUCAUUACAGCUUCGUUCCUCAUCUCCCGCAAAGACACCUUUUUCGACCGACGGCAGUUCACACAGAUUUGCUGCUACCUUGCCGACGCUAACAUGGAAAUCGACAUCCCGCCGCCCGCCAUUCUCAAACCUGUGCGCCUGUGGACAGGAAAGCAGAUAUUCAACGUGCUUAUGCGUCCAAAUAGAGAGUCCAAGAUCCUCGUCAAUGUGGAGUCUAAAUGCCACAAGUGGGAAGAGGCGAAGGGUGAAAAUUACCCAUGGAUGAAGAAACCUGCGAAAGAUCUGUCACCGAACGAUGGCUGGCUGGUGAUUGUGAAUAGUGAGAUUAUGUGUGGUGUUAUGGACAAGGCGACGGUUGGAAGCGGGAAGAAGAAGUCGAUCUUUGGUGUUAUUUUGAGAGAUUUCGGACCUCGUGAAGCAGCACUUGCUAUGAACAGGUUGGCCAAGCUGUGUGCUCGGUGGUUAGCGAACUAUGGAUUUUCUUUGGGUAUCAACGAUGUCAUUCCAGGUCCUGAUUUGAGAAGAAUGAAGGAUGAGCUUGUCGAAAAGGCGUACGCAGACUGUCAGGAUCUCAUUGCUCUCGCUAAAAAGGGGAAACUGGAGAACAAACCGGGUUGCGAUCAAGAACAGACUCUUGAGGCAAUGAUCUCGUCUGUGUUGUCUAAGGUCCGUGAGGCUGUUGGACAAAUUUGUAUGAGGGAACUUAGCCGUCAAAAUGCUCCUUUGAUCAUGGCUACCUGCGGUUCUAAAGGUUCCGUCAUCAAUGUAUCGCAAAUGGUUGCUUGUGUCGGUCAGCAAAUUAUUGCAGGCCAUCGUGUACCGGAUGGUUUCCAGGAUCGCUCCCUUCCGCAUUUCCCAAAAAAAUCAAAGGAGCCACCUUCAAAAGGUUUCGUGCGCAACAGUUUCUUCUCUGGGUUGCGCGCCACCGAAUUUUUGUUCCAUGCCAUCUCUGGUCGUGAAGGUCUGGUCGAUACUGCCGUCAAAACUGCUGAGACUGGUUACAUGCAGAGACGACUGAUGAAAGCUUUGGAGGAUCUGACGACACAGUAUGAUCUUUCGGUGAGGAAUUCAACUGGGGGUGUCGUCCAGUUCCGAUAUGGCGAUGAUGGCUUGGACCCAGCAUGUUUGGAAGGAGACCCUCAACCUCUCGAUCUGGAUAGGUCAUUGAGCCGUGUUUUGGCCUCUGGAAGACGAGACGGCCGUGGACUUUUGCCUUACGAAGUCAUGGAAUACGUCGAUCGUGAAUUGGCCACUCCUAGGUUUGUAAAUGAAACAUCGCCCACGUACCUUGACGUCGUUCGCAAAUUCAUCUUUGAUAACGUUGCCAAUAAGAUGGCCGAGAUUCGACGAAAUCAUGGCAUGUUUGAUGCCCUUGAAAAAGAGGGAGAUUGGGAUGAAGAUACUGAUCUGUCGAUGGGCGCUUCAGAUGCCGACAAGGUUGCUGUGGAGAAUGCCUCCAAAGUGACUGAAGCUCAGUUACGGAAUUUCUUGAAUAUAUGCUGGGAAAAGUAUGUCAAAGCUCGCAUCGAACCUGGAUCGACGGUUGGAGCCGUUGGUGCACAGUCUAUUGGUGAACCAGGUACCCAGAUGACGUUGAAAACUUUCCAUUUUGCCGGUGUCGCCUCAAUGAACGUCACACUUGGUGUGCCCCGUAUCAAGGAAAUUAUCAACGCUGCCAAAAUCAUUAGUACGCCCAUCAUCAGUUGUAAACUGGUCACCAAGGACAGCGAAGCGUCCGCUCGUAUCGUCAAAGGUCGCCUGGAAAAGACCCUACUAGGAGAUGUUGCUGCUGUCUUCGAGGAAGCGUGGGCACCAGAGUACACGUAUAUCGGUAUCAUCAUCGAUACUGAAGCCAUUCGCAAACUCCAGCUUGAAUUAACUAUCGAUGAUAUUAAAUGGGCCAUUGUGGCGGCUAAGAAGUUGAAAAUCAAACAAGAGGCUAUCACUGUCAUUCCUCGCAAAAACCGCUUGCGGAUAUACGUGGAUGGCGACGACAAGUAUUACCGUUUACGAGAGCUAAAGAGAGGGCUUUCGUCUGUCGUUGUAAAGGGUGUAUCUUCUAUCCAACGCGCUGUCAUCAAUAUCAAAGACAAAGAUGAUGCAAAGGGCAAAAAAGGUGACAAGGAGUUAUUGGUAGAAGGUUAUGGAUUGCAAAAAUGCAUGAUUACAGAAGGUGUAAUCGGAGAAGAAACUUCUUCCAAUCAUGUAAUUGAGGUGGCCCAAGUUCUAGGCAUUGAGGCUGCAAGACGUACCAUCAUCAACGAAAUUCAAUACACCAUGAAAUCACACGACAUGAUCAUCGAUCCUCGGCAUGUCAUGCUUCUAGGAGACGUCAUGACUUAUAAGGGCGAAGUGUUGGGUAUCACACGAUUCGGUGUCGCUAAAAUGAAAGACAGUGUCCUCAUGUUAGCAUCCUUCGAAAAAACGACAGACCAUCUAUUCGAUGCCUCUGCGUAUGGCAAAAACGAUAGCAUUGCUGGAGUAUCUGAAAGUAUCAUCAUGGGAAAUCCUGCAGCUAUGUGCGGAACGUCUAUGCCGGCCCUUUAUUCCAUACCCCCUGUUCUCAAGAAGCCACGAAAACUGUUGUUCGAAGAUGCUCUGUAG